CAUUUUAAAUGAGCACUAAGUUGCUGCCGCUCAUUGCGCACACACAUACGCAAGAAGCAGAAAAAAAUAUGUGUUGGACUACAUCACUUUUUCGCAGGAGAGAAUAAUUAUACGUGUCCCGCUCUCUGGCGCGCGCUGCAACGCGUUUUGACGCACGGCGCGUGCGGGGCGCUCACAGACGUCGCGUAGCCUUCUGCGGAGCAGAAUCAGUGCAAAUUUAAAGAAUAACGCGCACGCGGAAUUGCCAGCCAUCUCCACUAUAACGCACAAUGCCAAAGCCAACCUGCCGAGCAUCAAGGUGCUCUAGCAGUUUGAUAGCAAACUGAUUUUUCGGCAGAGGUCCAUUAAUAAAUGAUGGGUCUAAUCUAAACCAUGGUGCAAUUGAACCCCUGUAACGUGAAACGAGCUGGACGUUGCUUUUUGCUUUCACUUAGACAAAAGCUCGGCGCACUGAGAAAGUCCAGGGACGAUCUGGAGGACUUCUCCCAUGUUUUGGUUGAUUGUAAGAGUCUUUGAAGGAUAAUUAUAGACAUUGACUGGAUGCGGAACGGGCUUCUCCAAUGACCUGUCACUCAUCCGACUCCACGGAAAGCAUCGAGAAUGAAAGGAGAUCGCAAACCGAAACCCAAGUCGUGGAGUCCGAACAGAGUCGCAUCGCCACUGCCAUGAGAGACCUUAAAAAUACUGGCUGGUAUUGGGGCAGCCUGACAGCCAACGGAGCCAAGGAGAUCCUGCAGGAUACGUCAGAAGGCACGUUUCUAGUCCGAGACAGCUCUCAGAGGGACUACCUCUUCACCAUCUCCGCCAUGACGUCUGCCGGACCUACCAACUUGCGUAUCGAAUUCAAGGAUGGCAAGUUUAAGCUGGACUCUGUGGUACUGGUCAAGCCCAAACUCAAGCAGUUUGACAGCGUGGUCCAUCUCGUGGAGCACUAUGUUCAGCUGUCCAGGACGUCUAGUAAGGAGAGGACCAAUUCUCUUGCCCCAUCCAAUGGCACAGUGCAGCUCCUACUGACAACUCCUGUGUAUACAGCCACACCAUCUCUGCAACAUCUGUGUCGGAUUGCCAUAAACAAGGCCACGCGGCAAGUAAAUGAACUUCCUCUGCCGAACAGGCUGAAGGACUAUCUAACAGACUAUACAUACAAUGUAUAGGAACGCAAAGUGCUGGGUUCUAUGGAUAGAAUCAAUGAUACUCUACAUUCGUGAUGAUUUCCUCUUUUUUGUCCCCAAGGACAAGGUUAAGCAGAAUAUCUUAAUAAUGUUAAGUGUCCUUCAUCGAGCACUUAACACAUUUAUGGCCUGUAGAUAUUCUACAGUCGGUUUUUAUGGAAUGAGUGUGUCUGUUUGUUUGUGUGUUUGUGUGUGUCUGGCCUACAUAGUCAUCUGUAGGAUUUUCACCGGUCAGAUGUACUGUAUACAACACUUCAAGGUGUGGCCACCAGGUGCGUGUUUUAAUGCAAGUGUCUGAGAUGUUUUGCAUCCUGUGUUUGAGACACGGGAGCUCAAAACUGUAUGCUUUCGGUUUUUGACUGUGUUUUUAUUCGCUAUCCGCGUUAUAUUUUUGUACUGUAGUUAUAGACAAAAUGAUAAGUUUCUCCAUCUUGAUUGAAAAAUGUCAUCGAUUGGGAACGCCUAGCCCAAGAAACUGCUAGUGGCAUGCACCUUGCGAUAUGAUAUAUUUCCCGAUAUUUGUGUCAUUUGUGUGAUUUUAUGGUGAUUUCGAUUACUACUGAAACCCAAAAGAACUCAUAACUAUUUACUGUUACGCUUAAUAGGCAUACUGAUUUAAAAUCAUAAAAACGCCCAAUUUAUAAAAUAGUAUGACAAUGUUAUAAAAUGCAAAAUCAGAACAUGAAAUUGCCAUUUUGUAUACUUUAAUCCUGCAUACUGUAAUUUAGCAGCAUGGUUUAUUCUUGUUUUUGUUACAAAUGGUCAAGAAGUUUUGGCUUGUGUUAACCCUACCUCAGGAGGGCUUCUUGAUAAACCUGCAUGCUCAUUGGUCAUAUAAUGACAAUAUUAUGCUGAAUCAACUUUUUUACAGACCAAAAAGAAUGAGCUAAGUCAAAAUUUUCAUUCAUAUUCAUGUCAGGUGCUAAUUUUUAUUGUCUCCUCACUGCUGUUUGUGAGAAGAUUAUAAGAAAAAAUAUAUUGACCAUUCAAAAUGCUAACUAAUCUCCAUUCUAUUUUGGAUAAAUACAAAUAAUUGUAUCCUCGUAUUGAAAGGCAGCUCGAUGUCACGGUUGUGCUUGAAUGCUAAAUUCCUACACUUCAUAUGUGUAUUUUCCUUGGCUACGCCUUUCAAGUUAAAUAUUUAAAUAGUACUGUAUUGCCAUGGUAAGAUUUAUGUGAAAUUGAAUAGAUUUUCUAGCUUUUCUAUUGGUAUUCUCGAAGAUAUUUCUAUUAUAGUCAUCAUCAUAAAGUAGUUAAAAAUUCUCUUCAUACCGAUCUGCCAUGUUAAAUCGAAACGUUUUACCCAGCUACACUGUAAAAAUGUACGUUGUUGUGGUAUUUACAGUAACUUACUGGCUGCAGAACAGUUUGCCAGUAUCUUACUGUUUUUUGGACUGCAGUAUUUGAACUGUUCAAGGAUUAACAGUAUGAUAAAAAGCAAACAUUUUAAGUUGUUGAUUGUAAAAUGUGAGACGAUCAACAUCAAGAAUAUUACACAUUUGCCAACACUUCUGUUCUUGUGCUUUUUUUCAGAACGGGAAAAAAAUCUCCCAUACUUGAUCAGUUUUUACGCAAAAUCUUAUUUGGAUUUACAUUAAAGUGUUAUUUUCAUGCCAUUCAGAGUAUUUUCCCUGUUAAAAAAAUGAGUCACAAACUCCUCUACCAUCUGCUCAUAUUAGAGCAUAUAAUAGAAAUGAAGGAAAUUGAUAAUAGUACAUCCUUAGUAAACUGAUCUCAGAUCGGCAAGAAAAGACAAUCUCUUAGAUCCAGUAUACUGAUGUUGCGUCUCUCAUGGUCUUCCUUAAUGACAGUAUAGUUGGGAUGGGAAUCUUGCAUAUAUUGUUUGCCAAUACAAAAAUCCAUUAAAAUGUUUUUCAACAUUGUCCACUAGGAAUGAAUGUAAUGUCCAAAAACGUGAAAUAAAAGCAAGCAUAACUUAA